CCCAAACUCUGCUGUGUGAUGCUAAAACUGCGCUACAGAGGAAAUUUACCCACAAACUUUGCGCCAACGGUGAAGCUGUGAAGAACCAUCUCCAGCAGCAUCAGGACCAACAUGGACGUCAGCAUCGCCGUGUCGCUGAUCCGAGGCCAGAUGGGCACCGUGGUGGAGCGGGCGGUGAACGUCGCCGUGGAGACGGUGCUGGCCGAGAUGCUCAAAGUGGUCGGGGUGAAGUUUGAGGAGCUGAAGGCCCAGCUGGUGCUGAUGAAGAAGGACAUCGUGGCGCUGCAGAGGGAGAAGGCCCUGAAGGAGAAGGAGAACGACAACAUCCGGGCCAAGCUGCGCUACACCGAGCUGAAGCUGAAGUACUACCGGCAGGGCGUGGAGGAGGAGCUGCAGCAGAGGGCCUCGGCCUCCACGCUGGUCCGCAUCCACCCGCCAGCCUUCACCCGCAUCCACAGAGGCCUGACGGGCGUCUCGGCUGCCGAGGCCUCCAUGUCCUGCUCUGCUCAGACCAGGACCACUGAGGGAGCAACGGCGAGAAGUAACCAAGUCCCAGAAUGCACCUCUUCACAGAGCGCGAGCAGACGAGCGGUCAGAGUCUGCUGUCCUUCAGACGUGGUCAGUUCUGACUCACCUGAGCUGCUGCUGCCGGUGUCGCUGACCGUCAGCACACCUGUAGAGUCUCUGGACAGCAGCACAGACCCGGUUCAGGGCACAGACGUCGACCUGGACGACGAGUGCGAGUGGACCAUCACUCUGCAGCCGCAGACCGAAGCUGUGGACGCCGCCGUGGCUCCGCCCCCCGUCCAGCCUCCGACUCUGGACGAAGGUCAGCAGUCGGCGGCUGGUUCGGUGUCUCCGGACCGACCCACUCAGGCCGACAGCUCCACACUGCCCUCUACUGCCCCACAGGUGAAGCAGGAGGAGGAAGAGGAGGUGAUCUGCAUUAAGGAGGAGCCGGAGGAGGAGCAGCAGGUGAUGGAGACUCUGCUGCUGGACUGUCAGGUGAAGCAAAGUCCUCCUCCAGAGUCUCAGCCUCAGCGCUCGGUGACAGACUGGUCCAGACUGUCAGGAAGCCAGAUGACCCACAGCUCGGCCUCCAGCUCGGCCAGUCCCACCAGCUACCCGCUGCCUCCGCUGGCCGCCUCGCUGCCCUCCCUGUCGGUUCUGCCUCCUGGUAUCCCUCCUCGCCAGGCGGUCCGGCCCUGGACCAAAGACCUGAGCCUUUACGAAGAAUACAAACUGCGCAGAAACGAGCUGCGACGGCGAAACCUGAGCCGACGGCGAGAGCUGGAGAAAACGCUGCCGCAGCCGCUGCUCGCUGAUCUGGUGCGGGAGCGUCGGGAGAAGACCCGGCUGCGAGUGGCUCGGUGGAGGGCUAAGAGGAAGCUGCAGGCCUGUCUGAACCAGGCUCAGGCUCACGGUGGCGCUGCAGGCCUCAGUCAGACCGGGUUUCCCGUCAGCAGCCAGCAGCUCCGACCUCCUGCAGCCCCCAGCAGUCAGAGCUCCGCCUCGCCUCAGUCCAGCAGCUUCCUCAGCAGCAUCUCCUCCAUCCUGCCCUUCAUCCCUUCGUCCUCCUCUUCCUCCUCCCUGCUGCUGAGAGGAUCCAGCAUGGCUCCUCACGAACACACUGUGACCUCCUCCUCGUCCUCCUCCUUCGCCCCGGCCGGCCUGUCGCAGCAGAGCGCCUCCCUGACGGACGCAGACGUCCUGCAGUGAGUUUAAAUCCAGCUUUACUGAGCAUCUUUAUGAUCCACGUCCGACUUGUUCCCACACAUGUGUACAGAUGAAAAUGAGAGCAGCAGAUCUGGAUCGCGUUGUGUUCACUGUGUAACCAAAACGGCAAAAUAUUUAAAGUUACUGAGAACAUACGAAGCUGUACAUGUGAGUUAAAUGUCUGUAUGUGUGUAUUUAAGUGUAAAAAUAUGUCCAAAGAUUCUCAACAAUCCGGGUCACGCUGUACAUAAGCGCUAACACGAAGGCAGCUCCGAGCUAAAAGGCUUCUAGUGAUCAUUGUCUCGAUCAAUCGAGUUGUUUGGCUGCAAAACGUCAGAAAAUUGUUCAGUUUGCUGUCAUAGAGGAGGAACGAAACCAGGGAAUAGUCACAUCCAAGAAGCUGCAGUCACAGACUUCUCCUAAUAAGGUGCUCCAGUAGAUGUGUAUGAAUGGAGGCGUGUCAGGACUGCAUCACAAGAGUCUGCUAAGUGGUGAGUCGUGGCCUGACGAGGGGAUCAAUUCAUUACAAAUCAGUCAAUAAAUCCCCUCUGACCUCCUCAGAAUCAGCUGACUCUUUAUCUGCUGUAGCUUUAUGUAAUGAAGCAGAGUUUUAUCUUCAUACUGUGAAUAUGUCAGAGCUCCAGGCCCUUGAAGAACCAAAUUUCUCACUUUUUAAUGGACUUUUUCCAUCAUUUCUGAGCCUCAGAACUUCAUCAGUACAGCAGAUAGACACAUGACA